GAUUCCCCGAGGGAAGUUCCCAACUCAAGCAGGCUAUGUAAAACAUACUAAAACAUUUGCCAUAUCCUCUCCAACAGCUCGUCACUUAGCACCUGAGGAGCAGGCGACGACGCUGAGACGGUGUCGAUGCUUUAAAUGCGACUUUAUCUUGUUAAUCGAAUGAAGGGCUCAUGUCUGCUGUGUCAGUGAUGAUUGUGGAGCACACGGCAUGGAAAGGAACAUCGGAGACCAGCUCAACAAAGCUUUUGAAGCUUAUCGCCAGGUCUCCAUCGAAAAGGACAUUGCUAAGAAGGAGCUUCAGAAAAUAACUGAAUACUAUGAGGGGUACACUCAAAAACUCCAGAAGAAGAUCGAGGACCAGCAGCAGCUGAUUUCAGAACUUCAAGCUAAGUUGUCAGCUGUGAGACAGCCGCCAGGAGAAAUGAAAUGUGAACCCUGCAACCACCUCCUGGAUGGGGCCAGUGCCUAUAGGAUAAAACAUUACCCGGAGAACAUGAGCAAAGGGGCUGUUUCCUCAAACUUACCAGUCAGUGGCAUUGACUACCAGGGCAUGUUGGAUGUAUUUGAAGCAAUUCAAGGGAAAUUCCGUCAGAUUCGGUCACUGACACAAAGGCAAAAAGAUCACCUUAAACGAUUCCGCGGAGGAAAUGAUACAGUCAACGAUCAGCAGUUCUCCAUGCCCAUCCAGUGCACAGACCGCACAGCAGAGGCAGAGAGGCCUUUCCCUUCGGUCCUGUGCUCGGCGGUGGAAGUUCCACACCCGCCUAAGUCACUGGCGUCCCGCGGCGCCAGCCCCGAGGACAGGGAUUUAGUAGACUCUCUAACAAAACUCAGUGUCAAAUUCCCGCCACCUGCGGACAGUGAAUAUGACUUCCUGAACAGUGCUCCGGAGAGGCACAUCGGCCUCCCCAUGCCCAUGAAACCACCCCUCAGUAUCGUCUCCUCCACAAUGUCAGAGGAGGAGCCUGUGGAACUGCCCAUGCCUUUUGUCUACCCCACGUCCCCCUCCCACUCCACAUCUUCUUCACUCUCCCAGGAGAAUGUGCGGGGACCCCAGCAGCCACUCUGGAGCCCUGACCUGUGUGAGGCAGUUGACGCGGGGACAGAGCUGGUGACGCCUCAGUGCAGCAGUCCUGAUAACUGUGCUUUCUGCCAUGCUGUGGUUCCUCAGGACCAGAUGAACAUCCACCUCUACUCACAUUUCUCUCCUAAGAAUGACGCCAGCAAUUGAUAGCAGCACACAGACUGAUGGGCUGAGGCCUCGACUACUCCAAGACUUUACUGUACUCAUGGCGUGCCAUGAUCCUGCCCGCCAGGAAGUACAUGCGCUGUACUGGACUGGGAAUGACACUGCAAUAAGACUUGAAUCCCUUUAUUUAAUGUUGAAGAUUUGAAUGGUACACUUCUCUGCCUAUUAUAUUUUUCUAAUGUCUAAUAAAAGUUUACUAUAGCAAGUGAUGAUGAUGAUGAUGAUGAUGAUGAUGAUGCCAAAUGUGGUGAAUGUGAGCAAAUAAAAACAACAUUUAUACAUUUUUACAAUUGGACUUAUUUGACCACAUUCACUGACAUGUGUUGAGUUAACUGACUUCAUACAAUGUUGCCCCAGUUCAAGAUCAUGUGACGUACUUUGUACAAGUGCGAGUAAAAUCUAAAUUUAACGAUGAAUUUCAAUGUUGUUAUUAGGCAGGAAGACUGGGGAACGUUUAGCCACUGAAACUAUUCAGAAACUGCACCAAAGUUAGAACAAAAACAAGUUAAACCACUGGGUCAUGUCUGCUGUUAUGACACAUUUAAAUCACUUGCUAACGAAGGAAAGUUUUUUCACGUCUGACUGUAUUUCACAGCAGUGAUGCAGCUGUGGAUACAGAUCAGUCCGGUGCAUUUCCUACACAUUUUGUACAAGCCUCACCACUUUUUAUAGUAGUAUUUUGUAAAACAUAUUUUUUUGUUUAGCAGUCACUUAAUUUUUGUGAAAUAUAGAACAUGUCCCCGAGACAGAUCUGGACUGCAGGCAGGCCAGUCAAGCACUUGUGCUCCACGUCAUUUAAACCACAACGAAAAGAAUGUUAGCUGUGACGGUUCUCUCCGUGGCGGUCUCAUUUGCCUUAUUUUUGCAUUUGGUUAUAGUUAAAUAAUAAAUAAUAAAUAAAUAAAUAAAAUUCAUCUUUUCAGUAAAAA